UUGAGGCAACCCUGUCAAUCUUGUCACCUGUCAUUUUAGCAGACACUUGUCAGUUGCACAACAUAAACAAAAUAAUUUACUUAAACAAAACUAACGAUUUCAUUUAUUUAUGCAUAAAUACUUAUAUAAUUAACAAUUCCAAAUAUACCAACAAGAAGCAAGGAAGUGAACCUUGAACUGUUGUUGAUAACAGACAGUUGUUGCACAUCAUACUCAUAUUAAUUAAAAUCGUCUUAAACAUGGCCAGUUUAUCCUUUAUCAAACGAGGUUUCUCGACCACCGCCCCCAGAAAUGUUAUUAAGAAUGUGGUGGUCAUCGGUGGGGGCCUUAUGGGCUCCGGAAUAGCACAGGUUGCUGCUCAGAGUGGCAACAAUGUUACCCUGGUGGAAGUCAACUCGGACCUCCUAAAAAAAGCCGAAUCGAGCAUCUCAGUGAACUUAAGCAGGGUGGCUAAGAAGUUGUAUAAGGACGACCCCGGUGCCGCUCAAAAGUUCACCGAUGAAGCCAAAUCCAGGAUUCAAGGUAUGACUAGUCCGGCGGAGGCAGUUAUAGAUGCCGAUCUAGUAGUGGAAGCCAUCGUGGAAAAUCUGGAUAUCAAGCAUAAAUUGUUUAAGUCUCUUGACGAGGCUGCUCCUGAAAAGACUUUAUUUGCCUCGAACACCAGCUCCUUGUCUAUUGGGGAGAUCGCUUCAGUGGUUAUAAGGAAGGACAGAUUUGGUGGACUACACUUCUUCAAUCCCGUCCCUGUAAUGAAACUAUUAGAAGUGGUCAGAAUCCCCGAGCAAAGCGAGGAAACUUACAAGGCCUUCAUCGCCUGGGGCAAGUCAAUAGGGAAAACUUGUGUCACCUGCAAAGACACCCCGGGGUUCAUCGUUAACCGGUUGCUGGUGCCUUAUAUUGCCGAGGCCAUUAGGAUGAUGGAGCGAGGGGACGCCUCACCGAAAGACAUCGACACCGCAAUGAAGUUAGGCGCAGGACACCCGAUGGGCCCCAUAGAGCUGUCGGAUUAUGUGGGCCAUGACACCACCCUUUCAAUCCUACAGGGGUGGCACAAAAAGUUCCCGGAUAAUGUGUUGUUUAAUCCCUGUGCCUCCUUGGAGCAGCUGGUGCAACAGAAGAAGUUGGGCAUGAAAACCGGAGAGGGAUAUUAUAAGUAUAACAACUUAAAGUAUUGGCUCGAGAACAAAUCGAGGGAGGUGCUGAAAAAGGACAAAUGGAGACACCACUACAAACUGUGGAGGAUCAAGCAGAAAAGAGACAGGGAUAACGCUUUACCCUUAUAAUUUGUUAAAAAUAAAAAAUUCUUUUUA